CACUUGACCGUUUUACCACUUCGCUGCUGAAUUAAUUAAUAAAUCAUUUGGAAUAUUACUCCGCUAACUGAAGACUCCCGAAAUACACGAUAUUCUCGCCAAACUCAUCCUCCAACAGCGUCGGCACGAUUCUCAGCACUCCAUUAUCAAUUUUUAUGUUCUUUCCCAGCUUGUGAUAGACACAAAAUCCAUAAUCCUGAAAAAAUGAAAUUACGAUCUCGUCAACGUCUCGCAAAUGAACGGGACGGAGAAAAUUCUCGUGCAAAAAUCUUGGAACUCACUGGCUGCUGAGGAAUUUUCACUUCUCUACUCCACAGAGACGAGUUCAACAAGUUGAAAUUAUCCUGUCUCAGGGCGUCGCCGUCCGGGGAAUCCCCCGUGACUUUCUCAUUGAACUCCUCCUCGAAGAUGAUAUCACCCUGGCAUGCCGCAUGCUUGCCAUUGAACACUGUCACACUCUUCUCGCAUCUCUUUCCGCGGAUUAUCUCGUGUCCAUGUUUCAAUUCAUCCGGAGUUGCGUCAUCAGUAAUACUGCUAUCAACGUUUUGUAAUCUUGAAUAGUCGACCCCCAAUUCAUCUGUCACGGCGAAAUAUCAGAUUAAUAAUACUGUAAUACUAAAAUUACGCGACCACAUCGCAAAUUAAAAUUAUGAAAAAUAUAUUACCCAAAGUUGAAAUGGAAAAUCCGUGACUUCUAUUCAGAAGGAAAAUCACCAACGAAAACUCGAAAAAUUUAAUUAACAUGACUAAAUUAUUAUUAUUAUUAUUAUUAUUAUUAUUAUUAUUGUUGUUGUUGUUAUUGUUGUCAAUUUAUCCCGUUAGAUGUUAAAUGCAACUUUCUCCGUCCACUGCACUCGCUCGACUAAUUUCUCACGCCAUUUGAAUGACGAAUUUUCGAAGAUCGGGGAUUUCCCGCCGGUUCUUGCGUCACAAUCAUGCGCAUCGGCUUCAAAACACUGCUGAUACUUCUAUUCUCAUUAUUUACAAGUUGUUUGAUCGAUGGGAAAUAAGUUCUCAAGGAAAUAGAUCAAUAUGUUGUCGACUGCAUCUAGAACAGUGAAGUUCAAGAGAUUAUCUCCCAUUUUUCAGGGAAUUAAUUCAUUAGAGUGGAUAAUAAAUCGAGGGACGAGUUCACGUGGGGAAAUCAGAGGUUAUUCCAGUCUUCAUCGAAGUAAUAAUGCCCCGAUAAAGAGUAUCAGGGGAAAUAUUAACAGAUAUCACAGAUCUGUUGUUAACGAAAACUCGUUUCAAGUUACUCCAGCAAAUACCGUAGAGUCGGAAUUAGAUAGUGUGCAGUUUGAAAAAAUAUCAGAUGAUACCUUGGACUCUUUAGCUGAGUAUUUUGACGAGAUUGUUGAACGCGCUGAACAUCUUCCUGAUGCAGACGUCAAUUAUGGAGAUGGAGUGUUGACGAUAAAAUUCGGCGACAAAGUGGGGACUUACGUGAUUAAUCGCCAAACACCGAAUAAGCAGAUCUGGUUGUCAUCGCCAAAGUCAGGACCAAAGCGGUAUGAUUUCACGAAUGGCACAUGGAUAUACAAGCACGAUGGAAAAUCACUGCAUCAGCUUCUUGACGAUGAAAUAUCACUUGUAGCUAACGAAAAGACUGCAUUCAUUGAAAAAUGUGCUUACAGUAGAGAGAACAAGAAAUAAAUUAUUUUGUAGAUAAAUAAAUGGCAGAGCUGGGCUUUAUUUUAUGAAAAUCAAAUGGAAAUACUGUUCCAAAUGGUUCAGUAAGACGAAAUACUAUUUGAAAAUAAUCAAAUACUGUUUAUUUAAAUGUCUGUUUGAAAUUGAAAUAAAAUUAUUUGAUAUUUCAAUUUCUUUUCACCAUAGUCUCUCAACACUCUCUAUCUUAGCUAGCUCCAUUCUUGCUUGAUUUAUGUUUAAUAAGUCGACUUUGGCGUUUCAUGUUUAUUUAUAUUUCUUAAUUUUUUCAAUAAAAUUUUUCUUCAUUUUUUUUUUCAUUCAAGCUUCCGAGUUUAAAUCCCGGUCGGCUAGAAUAGUGAGAUCUAACCAUUUUUAAAGUCUUGAUCAGCAGCGCAAUAUCCUCAACCGAUGUAAAAUGACAAUAAAAAUUUUUUUUUCAUAA